AUGGCUCGAGAUCUGUCUACAGCACCAUCGAAGCCAGGAGAGCGUACAAGGAAGUUCCAACAGCGCAAGCACCUUACCUCUUACUGGGAAGUCCUAGGUGAUAAGUUGCGGGCUCGUAAAAUGAACAAGGAGAAGAAAUCCAAAGCCUCUGGGGCAGCGGAGGAGGACAGGUCGCAUCAUGGCCAUACAGACGGCCCUCUAUUUUUCCCGCAACAUGGUAAUAACCGUGGAACGGACGACGAUGACAUGGUACCACCGCAGCUAUUCCGCAAUGCACCCAAUCAAGCACCGCAGGGGGCAUUCUUUGGCCAAGGGCAGGCUCGAUCGCAGCAGCAGCAGCAGCAACAGCAGCCUCAGUUCCACCGGAUGCCCACCAUGGCUGACGGUCGAGGGCUACAGAGCGGAGAGAUGCAGGCGCAUUUGCAGCGAGGAGGGCAGACGGAGUAUGGCGAGCGACCACGGGGGCAGGGUCCAAGCGUGUAUAUUGAUACUGAGGCUCCUAUUCCUAGAGGGGCUCGGAGCGGAGGUACGCCUAGUCGGAGGCAGCCUCAGCACCCUUGGGAACCGGAGACGCGGCAUUACGAGCAGGAGCGAACAAGAAUGAGAUGA